AUGGCACCACAAGACAGAGAUGGAUCCAAAGUUGCACUCACUUUGGCUUUCUUCUUUAUCUUCAUUGUUCUACUUCCUCAAUCAGGUGGAUCUGUGAUGUCUGAUAGAAGAAAUAGUUUGAUGAUAGGGUCAAAGCCUCCAGCUUGUGGAAACAAGUGCAUGAAUUGUAGACCUUGCACAGCAACUGUGGUGGUUCCUAGUCACAAGACCAAAGGUUUCAUGUCUUCCUCUCACCGUCAGGAUGAUAGCUAUUACCUCCUUUCAUGGAAAUGCAGAUGUGGAGAUAAGUUCUUUCAGCCAUAA